AUGAGAUCAUCGGAGUAGCAAAUAACAACUCUUUUGAUUGAAGGUUCAAACAAACAAGGACAAUUGGGCAUAACCCAGUAGCAAACCGAAUUGAAGGAACACAAUUAUGGUGUCAAAAUAUUAAACAUUGCUUGUGGAGGGUACUUUACACUUCUGCUUUUGGAAACCUAGCAGUGUUGUCUUUUGGGUUUUAACAUCACUAAACUGAUAGACAUCCCAAAGGUAGAAUUAAUAGCAUGUGGAUAAUGGCAUAUGGUAAUAAGAACAAACAAUGGAAUGUAUAUAUGGGGCAACAAUGAUGAUGGUCAAUUGGGUCUAGGAGAUUACGAGCCAAGGAACGAACCAGAACAACUCGAAAUCCCUUUAGGUAACGUCGUUUGUGGUUCUUAUCACACCUUGAUUUAUCAAUCUGAUUUCCUUUACUCUUUUGGAAGAGGCAACAAAGGACAACUAUUGGUGAAUAAAGAUAAAAGUUGUGUGCCAAUCAAGAUUGAACACUAGAAUAUAAAAUUCGUGGCAGCAGGAGAUUAUUAGACAUUCAUCUAUUCAAAUUAGUUAACCUUGAAUGGCAAGGUGCUUCACUAUAAUGGAAUAAUUAAAUAAUUAGCCUGCAAUACUGAUUACUCUGCAAUUGUCACACCCGAUGGUAUAGCUGUCUUUUGGGAUAAAUCCAAUACUAUCAAACAUCAUUUUAACAAUGUAGAACAAGUGUCCAUGUUUGGUUCUCGUUGUUAUCUAUUAAAAAAGGAUGGAUCUGUAGAGUUGUUGGAUGGUACUAUAAUAACGAAAUAAAUAAUUAAGUCAAUCCACACAGGUGAAUAACACUCACUCUUUGUUUUAUUACAAAAUUCAUUCGAUUCGAUUGUGAAUGAAACUCUACUUCUUAGUGAUCAUCGGGAUGUGCAAUCCUUAUAAUAGGAGAGUAGAAAUUAUUUGUUUUAUGAGAGGAAGAUUGCAGAACUCUAAUUAUCUUUGGCUAAGAAAGACAAAUAAAUUGUGCAAUUGUAAAGUGAGUUAAAUGCUUUAAAAAAUAAUUUCAAUGUUUAAUGA